GUAGGUGGAGCUUCGCUGAGGCAGUGCAAGGACCAAUCGGAGGAAUACCGGGCAGGCGUCGCCCAAUAGCGGUGCGACAGGAGCGAGAUCAGGAGCCGAGCGUUCCUGAGGGUGGGGCGGAGGCAAGUGUCCGUCAGGUCCCGAGCGCCACGGAGGACUGCGGAGACCCCGGCGGCUGAAAGGGUACUCGGGCCGCUGCCGUGUCGUCCGCCCAAGAUGGAGUUCCUCCUGGGGAACCCGUUCAGCACACCGGUGGGGCAAUGCCUCGAAAAGGCCACAGAUGGCUCCUUGCAGAGCGAGGACUGGACGCUGAACAUGGAGAUCUGCGACAUCAUCAAUGAGACAGAUGAAGGGCCAAAGGAUGCCAUUCGAGCCCUGAAGAAGCGGCUCAACGGGAACCGGAACUACAAAGAAGUGAUGCUGGCAUUAACAGUGCUGGAGACGUGUGUGAAGAACUGUGGCCACCGCUUCCACGUCCUGGUGGCCAACCGAGAUUUCAUUGACAGUGUUCUGGUCAAAAUCAUCUCUCCCAAGAACAGCCCUCCUACCAUCGUACAGGACAAGGUGCUCGCUUUGAUCCAGGCGUGGGCAGAUGCCUUUCGAAGCAGCCCUGACCUCACGGGCGUCGUGCACAUAUAUGAGGAGCUGAAGAGGAAGGGGGUCGAGUUUCCUAUGGCAGAUUUGGACGCUCUGUCUCCCAUACACACGCCACAGCGGAGUGUCCCUGAAGUGGAUCCAGCCGCCACCAUGCCCAGGUCCCAGCAGCAGCAGAGGACGAGUGCCGGCUCCUAUUCCUCGCCUCCGCCCGCUCCCUACUCCGCUCCACAGGCCCCGGCGCUGAGUGUGACUGGCCCCAUCACAGCCAGUUCAGAGCAGAUCGCCAGGCUGCGGAGCGAACUGGACAUUGUUCGAGGAAACACAAAAGUCAUGUCUGAGAUGCUAACAGAAAUGGUGCCCGGACAGGAGGAUUCAUCGGAUCUGGAGUUACUCCAGGAGCUGAACCGGACCUGCCGGGCCAUGCAGCAGCGCGUCGUGGAGCUCAUCUCCCGCGUGUCCAACGAGGAGGUCACAGAGGAGCUGCUGCACGUCAACGACGACCUCAACAACGUCUUCCUCAGAUAUGAGAGGUUCGAGCGAUACAGGUCUGGCCGAUUGGUUCCAAAUGCCACUAAUGGAGUGCUGAACGAAGUGACCGAAGACAACUUAAUAGACCUGGGGCCAGGGUCUCCAGCCGUGGUGAGCCCCAUGGUGGGGAACACGGCACCCCCGUCUUCGCUCUCAUCCCAGCUCGCUGGCUUGGACUUGGGGACAGAGAGUGUCAGUGGCACCCUCAGCUCACUCCAGCAGUGUCAUCCUCAUGAUGGCUUUGACAUGUUUGCCCAGACGAGAGGGAACUCCUUGGCUGAGCAACGCAAGACGGUAACCUACGAGGAUCCCCAGGCUGUCGGAGGACUCGCUUCUGCUCUAGAAGGUCGGAAACAGAUCUCCGAAGUGAAGAGAAUUAAAGGUGGGGACUCUGACCUGGAGCCCAUAGACAGCUGGCUCAUAACCCAAGGAAUGAUCCCCGUUGCGCAGCCCUCUGUCAUGGACGACAUUGAGGUGUGGCUGAGGACGGACCUGAAGGGCGACGACCUGGAGGAGGGCGUCACCAGUGAAGAGUUUGAUAAGUUCCUUGAAGAAAGAGCUAAAGCUGCUGAAAUGGUUCCCAGUCUCCCCUCACCCCCCGUGGAGGCCCCAGCCCCGGCCUCUGGCGCCACCGGCCGGAAGAAGCCCGAGCGGUCAGAAGACGCCCUCUUCGCCCUGUGAGCCGGUCUGCA